AUGAGGAAGAUGCUCGCCGCCGUCUCCCGCGUGCUGUCGGGCGCUGCCCAGAAGCCGGCAAGCAGAGUGCUGGUGGCAUCCCGUAAUUUUGCAAAUGAUGCUACAUUUGAAAUUAAGAAGUGUGACCUUCACCGGCUGGAAGAGGGCCCUCCUGUCACCACAGUGCUCACCAGGGAGGAUGGGCUCAGAUACUACAGGAUGAUGCAGACUGUCCGCCGAAUGGAGUUAAAGGCAGAUCAGCUGUAUAAACAGAAAAUUAUUCGUGGUUUCUGUCACUUGUGUGAUGGUCAGGAAGCUUGUUGUGUGGGCAUGGAAGCUGGCAUAAAUCCCACAGACCAUCUGAUCACAGCCUAUCGGGCUCAUGGCUUUACCUUUACUCGUGGGCUUUCUGUACGAGAAAUUCUCGCAGAGCUUACAGGACGAAGAGGAGGCUGUGCUAAAGGAAAAGGAGGAUCAAUGCAUAUGUAUGCCAAGAAUUUCUACGGGGGCAAUGGCAUCGUUGGAGCUCAGGUGCCCCUGGGAGCUGGGAUUGCUCUGGCCUGCAAGUAUAAUGGAAAAGAUGAGGUCUGUUUGACUUUGUAUGGCGAUGGUGCUGCUAACCAGGGUCAGAUAUUUGAAGCUUACAAUAUGGCAGCUUUGUGGAAAUUACCUUGUAUUUUCAUCUGUGAAAAUAACCGCUAUGGGAUGGGAACGUCUGUUGAGAGAGCAGCAGCCAGCACUGAUUACUACAAGAGAGGCGACUUCAUUCCUGGGCUGAGGGUAGAUGGAAUGGAUGUCCUAUGUGUCCGGGAGGCAACAAAGUUUGCAGCUGCCCAUUGUAGGGCUGGAAAGGGGCCUAUACUAAUGGAGCUGCAGACUUACCGUUACCAUGGACACAGCAUGAGUGAUCCUGGAGUCAGUUAUCGUACACGAGAGGAAAUUCAGGAAGUAAGAAGUAAGAGUGACCCUAUCAUGCUUCUCAAGGAUAGAAUGGUGAACAGCAAUCUUGCCAGUGUUGAAGAAUUAAAGGAAAUUGAUGUUGAAGUGAGGAAAGAAAUUGAGGAUGCUGCCCAGUUUGCUACAGCUGAUCCUGAACCACCUUUGGAAGAACUAGGCUAUCACAUCUACUCCAACGAGCCACCUUUUGAAGUUCGGGGUGCAAAUCAGUGGAUCAAGUUUAAGUCCAUCAGUUAAUGGGAGACUGCAUGUAAUGGAUGGUUACAUCUUCAGUGGGCUACUUGACAGCAACUAUAAGGAAAUCUUCUUGUUCUCACCCAUAGAAUGUAUGUAGAUUAAGGUAGGAAUUGCAUGCAGUUUAUACAGUAUUGCAUUAAAGGUUAUGUUCGAUUU